AUGCAGACGGGGCGUAUACUUGUUGCCUUCAUUUUGCUGUGUUUGAUGGUUCCUUUUCGGGCAGCAAAGUGCAAGGCAGCGCCCAAAUCUGUGCAAAAUGUACACGUUUGUUGUUCAGCGCCCCUGCCAAACUGGGCAGUUUUCAACAGAGAGUGCCAUAAGUCGGCCACCCAGGCAAGUGUAAGUAGUAAAGGUAUAUAUCAAAGCCAAGUUAAUUCCGCGAGCUUCCUCGUCAAGUGCCGUUUAGAUUGCAUCUUCAAUGCCAGCUCAGUGCUGCAGGGAAAUCAAUUGAACCAAGCGAAAGUUCGACCCAUGUUGGAGCGGGCCUUCUCCAGCGAACCCACCAUCGAUGUGUACGAGUCCAACUUUGCCAGAUGCUCAUCGGUGGUCAGGAGCAAGUACCAGGAGCUAUCGCCGCUGAGUCGUCAGAGCGACGCCUGCGACAGACACGCCCUCUUCUACAGCCUUUGUGCGUACGCUCGCUUGAUUUUCACCUGUCCGGAGAAAAUGUGGCAAGGAAAUAACAGGAUGUGCCAGGAGGCCAAGGCCUAUGCGAAAAAGUGUCCGUGGCCUGCGCUAAAAAUGUUUAUGAAAAAUACUUAA